ACUGAUGAUUAUGAUUCGAGCGUUUGGACUUUAAAAUGCAAUUACGAGCUCCUCCGCUAAACUGCUAACAUACAUUACACUUAAGAUUUGCAGGGUAGAAAUUGCAUGAAAACUUAAAUUGCUCGAUUUUUCUCAGCUCGAAGCGACCCUAGUGAGAAGAGGCGUUCGCAGCAAUCCUGUUCUUCUCAAAAACUCAACCUUUCUUCACGUGUCAACCUUUCUUCACGUGUCUCUUACUGCCGGACUUGGAUCCAGUCCCCAUUAUUCUCAGCCGGUGAAGCCACAUUAAUAUGCUGGCCAGAAAUGACUCAGAUCGUCAUCCAGCACACCGAAGAGCUUCCAAACAGGAGAAAAUCGAAGUAGAUCAUCUGUUUCUUUUGGUGACUUAAGACCGCGAAAUGCCAAGGCGGAAACCCCUUUUCGUCUCGAUGAAGAGCAUUUUUACUUUUCAGCGGACAUGUUAAGCAGCGUUUGGCCUCUGCUUUACUUGGUAAUUAUGGAACAAGGAGGUUCCUGCUUUGAGUCAGAACUUGAUUUUUGUCCUGAGUGUGGUACUGUCCUGCCCCUGCCAGGUAUCCAGGAUAAGGUGAUAUGUCCUUGUUGCUCUUUCAACAUUGAUGUGAAAGAUUUUGAAAAGAGAGUCAUCCAUACAUCAGUCACAUUCAACAAGAUAGAAUCCUCCUCUUUGACUGCAGAAGAAGGAAAAGAAGUCAAGGGCCCACUGAUUGACAGAAAAUGUCCUCAGUGUGGGCAUGAGGGCAUGGCCUACCAUACUCGACAGAUGAGAUCUGCAGAUGAAGGGCAGACAGUUUUCUACACCUGCAUCCAAUGUUCCAGGAGAAAGAAGAUUCUUAAUCACGUUUGCCAAAAUGUGUGGAAGACAGUACUUAAAACUCCAGUUGUGACAGAGAAUUAUUUUUGGGUUUUUAUGAAGAGACUGUAACGUUCUUAGAUGCCUUAGAAGCAUCUUGUUUGAAUUGGAUGAUUGGCAGCUGGUGACCGAUUGCACAGUUCAAAUGAAAAUGGAAACAGCAAAAACAGGACCCUACAAAUGGCCUUGUAGAACUUCAAAUCUCCUUUUCCUCAACUGUUUUGAUCAGUGAAAGAACAAUAAUCAAAACGUGCUGAGUUGCAAGUUGCUCUUUAUUACUACUGUUAUGUAUAUUUAUUUCCUUAUAAAUUCAUGUUUUUGUUGAAUUGUACUACUGGCUCCUCCUGCUACUAUAAACUUCUGAGUUUUUCACAGGACAAGAAACAAGAGAGAUCUUCCACUGUC